AUGAAUAUCUUGCAUACUAUAGUAUGUGAUAUUGCUCCAGAUAUGCUCCGUUCUGUGCCGAUUCCAAAGUCUUUUAGAGACAUUUUCCGUCUAUCAUUAAAGGAUGUGCUAGCCCUCACUGUUUUCGGCUCAUUUAGUGGAGCCAUCGGCUAUGCUGUAUACACUACUGUAAUGCUUCAUCUUGGAAAACGGAGGAUCCUUAUCAAUAAUGAUAUUCGGAAACAUAUUACGAAAUGUGUUGACGUUGUAGAUAUUGAGUCCAUAACAGAUAAAAAGGUGUACUGCCGAUGCUGGAAAUCAUCUAAAUUUCCUUAUUGUGACGGUGCACAUAACAAACAUAACGAGGAAACUGGAGACAACGUUGGCCCGCUCAUAAUUGAGACCAAAAAGUCAUCGUAG